AUGGCGGAACUCGAUACGCUGGACAUCGUUGUCCUGGCCGUUAUCCUCCUCGGGACGGCGGCCUACUUCACAAAGGGCAAGUAUUGGGGUGUCGUCAAGGACCCCUACGCCAACGCCUUCGCCAACGCCAAUGGAGCAAAGGCCGGCAAGACGAGAAACAUCUUGGAGAAGAUGGAUGAGUCUGGAAAGAACUGCAUCGUCUUCUAUGGUUCGCAGACUGGUACCGCCGAGGACUACGCCUCGAGACUCGCAAAGGAGGGCAAGAGCCGCUUCGGCCUCGAGACCAUGGUCGCCGACCUCGAGGACUACGACUACGACAACCUCGACUCCAUCCCCUCUGACAAGGUCGUCAUGUUCGUGCUCGCCACCUACGGCGAGGGCGAGCCUACCGACAACGCUGUUGACUUCUACGAGUUCAUCACCGGCGAGGACGUCUCCUUCUCCGAGGGCAACGAUCCCGCUCUGAGCAACCUCAACUUCGUCGCUUUCGGUCUCGGCAACAACACCUACGAACACUACAACUCCAUGGUCCGCAACGUCACCAAGGCUCUCGAGAAGCUUGGUGCCAACAGAAUCGGCGAGGCUGGCGAGGGUGACGACGGCGCUGGCACCAUGGAAGAGGACUUCCUCGCCUGGAAGGACCCCAUGUGGGCUGCCCUGGCCGAGAAGAUGGGUCUGGAGGAGCGCGAGGCUGUCUACGAGCCCACCUUCAGCAUUCUUGAGCGCGAGGGCCUCGACCCCUCUUCGCCCGAGGUCUACGUCGGAGAGCCCAACAAGAUGCACCUCGAGGGUACCGCCAAGGGUCCCUUCAACGCCCAUAACCCCUACAUUGCCCCCAUCGCCGAGUCCAAGGAGCUGUUCAGCGUCAAGGACCGCAACUGCCUGCACCUGGAAGUCGACAUCAGCGGAUCCAACCUGUCCUACCAGACUGGUGACCACAUUGCUAUCUGGCCCACGAACCCCGGUGAGGAGGUUGACAGCUUCCUCGAGCUCGUCGGACUUACGGAGAAGAGACACUCGGUCAUCAGCGUCAAGGCUCUCGAGCCCACCGCCAAGGUUCCUUUCCCCACGCCCACCACCUACGAUGCCAUCAUCCGCUACCACCUCGAGAUCUGCGCCCCUGUUUCCCGUCAGUUCGUGUCUACGCUCGCUGCGUUUGCUCCCUCCGAGGAGAUCAAGGCCGAGAUGAUCAAGCUUGGAGGCGACAAGGACUACUUCCACGAAAAGACCGGCACCCACUUCUACAACAUCACACGAUUCCUCGACUCCGUCAGCGGCGGCCAGAAGUGGACCAACAUCCCCUUCUCCGCCUGGAUUGAAGGCCUCACCAAGCUCCAGCCCCGCUACUACUCCAUCUCCUCGUCCUCUUUGGUCCAGCCUAAGAAGAUCUCUAUCACCGCCGUCGUCGAAAACCAGAUGGUCCCUGGCCGCGAGACCCCCUUCCGCGGUGUCGCCACCAACUACCUCCUGGCCCUCAAGCAGAAGCAGAACAACGACCCCGAGCCCACCGCCUUCGGCCUCACCUACGAGAUCACCGGUCCCCGCAACAAGUACGACGGCAUCCACGUCCCCGUCCACGUUCGCCACUCCAACUUCAAGCUGCCCUCGGAUCCCUCCAAGCCCAUCGUCUGCAUCGGUCCCGGAACCGGUGUUGCCCCCUUCCGCGGCUUCAUCCAGGAGCGCGCCAAGCUCGCUCAGGACGGUGCCGAUGUUGGCAAGACCAUUCUCUUCUUUGGAUGCAGGAAACAGUCCGAGGACUUUAUGUACAAGGACGAGUGGGAGCAAUACAAGCAAGCUCUCGGCGAUAAGUUCGAGCUCGUUACCGCCUUCUCCCGCGAGGGUCCCAAGAAGGUCUACGUCCAGCACCGCCUCAAGGAGCGCGCCGAGGAAAUCAACCAGCUGCUCGAGAAGAAGGCCUACUUCUACGUGUGCGGUGACGCCGCCAACAUGGCCCGCGAGGUUAACACCGUCCUUGGCCAGAUCCUCUCGGAGCAGCGCGGCAUUUCCGAGGCUAAGGCGGAGGAGAUUGUCAAGAACAUGAGGGCAGCCAACCAGUACCAGGAGGAUGUCUGGUCAUAG